GAGAAUGAGCUGCUUUGAGCUCCGUAACACAGGGGACGUGGCCAGCUAAGGACUACCCAGACCCUACGGCAAGAGGGAGAAGGAGCCACUGGAACACAAUUCUAAGAAAAUGGUGUGUGUGGCCAGGGCUGAACUGAUGUGGUCUGGCCUGGCAUUAAAGAAUUGGUUCUGGCAGGGGCUCUUUGUGCUUCACUUCACUAGUCUAGUCUUUGCACAGGAAAAAAAGGAGUUCAAAGCCAAACUGGGAGAACGUGCCCUCCUGCCCUGCUGCCGUGAACUACCCAGCCCAGAGUCCCUGUAUAACUACCGUGUUUACUGGCAAACAAUACAAACAGAAGUAAUACAGGCUUACUCAGGAGGGAAGCCAGUCCCAGACUCGGUCCCAGUCAAUUCAAAGUAUGUGAACCGGACAGAGAUGGACCUACAGAACCUCACACUGUUGAUCUCCCCAGUGGAACUAUCAGACAACAACACAUAUGAAUGCAUAGUUCAGGUGCUAGAGAAUGGAGCUUACAGGCGUGCAUGUGCCAAGCUUGUGGCUUUGGUGGUUGUAGCUGACUUCAGCAAGCCGGUCAUAUCAGCAGAGGUACCCAAAGAUGCUUGUGGCUCAACUGAGGUGAUGGUGACCUGUUCUUCUCAUGGUGGCUUUGCAGAGCCCAGAGUCUCCGGGAUCCUCAAUAAUAUGUCUGUGAACUGGCAAACCAAUUUAUCUGACUCAAAAGACAGCCUCUAUAAUGUCACUGCCAAAUUGCAGCUCAAUCUGACUGAAGAAAUUUUCCUCACAUGUACCGUUGAGUAUGAUGUCUACAAAGUGUCCUCUAACUAUACUCUGAAAAAACCAAAGGAAUGUCCUUCUUCUUCAACACCUUCGCCCCAGGGGGUCAUUAUUGCCUCGAGUUUGGUUCUCAUCUGCAUCUUCCUUGUUGCCGUUGCCUUGCUUUUCAAAUAUUUCCUGUGUCAUGGCUGCGAACGACUGCGGUGCUCUCACUGCCCUGUCCCUCAAGAUCCAGCAGUGGGAACUGAAAUGAAAGAGGGUGUAAGAGGUGUCAUUGAGCUCUCUGAAGUAAUAUCAGAAGCAGCAUCUUUCUGAUUACACCGUAUUUGCAGAUCUCGUAUCCCGUAUGCCCUGCACUGCAGUCCCCAUUGUCCUCUGUGGCCAAGGCUUAUUCCAUAGACUGUUUGGCUCUUCUAGAAGAGGAUGAUGGAGCAGGCAAGAAAUCUGCUCAAGUGGACUGGGAAGAUGGUGUUUUGUGAAUAACCACCACCACCACAGAAGCUUUAGGACAGUAUUGCACCAGAGCUCUGUGUCUGCAAUGCCACCCCAAAGGAAGCUCCAUUUUCCUGAUGAGCCGCAAGAAGAAAUGUUGCUCCAGUACACCACCUGCCUCCUCAGAGUUUGAGAUGUUUGGCUUUGACAUUGCCUCUAAGGCAAGGGUGGCCUGUGGUGCUUUACCAGGUAGCCCAUCUUUAGUAAGGAGGGGCUGACCCUUGGGAGAUGACAGGUCCCAAUGUGCAAUCUUGAUCCAGGCACAGGCUGCACCUCUUUGUUACAGGUGAGGGCAGCUGCAGUCUGUUCCAUUCUAUGCAUGGUCCUUGGGCUUGGGCAUGUUGCCAGUACAGUUCUUGGAGUAGAAUUUGGAUUAAGAAUGUAUUUGAGGACCUGACAAUCACAGGUGUCUCCUGUCUCAAGUCCCUUUUCCAGUAAGGAUGCAAAGUUCAGCCACUCCUUAAGGAAGAACUGAACAGCAAUGGGGAAAUACAUUGUAUUCAGCAGCCAUAACAUUUAGUGUAGUCUGGAGUGACAUCAAUAUACUGACACCCUGGCCAUUUGCGAACUAACGUGCGUACAGCUAUAUGCCUCGUUUGCAGCACUAAUGCUAGCACUCAUGACCUGUUUGUCCCAAAAACCUCUCCAACCAAUGAAUCAAAGAUACAGCUCUGCUAGUUCACCCCAAAGAGGCAGACGACAUGCCAAAGCUCAUCUAUCUGCACAUUCCAGCCAACUGACGGCAUGCAGACACACCCCCACUGGUACUUUUUAUAUGUAUUUCCCCUAGUCAACACUCAUAUGCGGUCAGAUUGCUCAGCAGCUAACUUGCAUGUAACAUGAAGAAAUAGAAAAUUCAUCAUGUCAAGCGCCAAAAACACUGCUCCCCUUAACAGUGUGUGGGGAUGUGUGACUACAACACUCUUGUUACUAUUGCUUCUCCACAAGGCUUGGAGUGGGCUGAGUCUUUAGUUUCUUGCAGGAAAUUUGGCGGCAUGGGACUACCUUGGCCUGGGAUGCUGUUGAUCAGUCUAUGGCUGCUGUUCUCAGUCUGUCUCCUGUAUCCAUUCAGAAGCUAAAGCGUGGAAGAGCCCGACUUGGCCUCUAGCAUUGGAUAGGACCUAUCCAGAUCUGGCCUGAAUGGUUUUAGUACCUACUGUGUAGGGAAGCACGAUUUCUCAUUUUGAGGGAAAAACCAAAACCCAAUAAGCUGCUUGCACAAUGGGCUUUACUAACAUAACUCCGCCCCUGCUUGCUUACUCAGUCUCUUCUGCUUUGUCUUUAAAGCUAACUGGUUAUAGGCUCUGAGAGUUACAGCUUCAUCCAGCCUGUUUUGCAGCCAUUGUUCGGGGAGUGGAACCAGUAAUCGCACGGCAGCAGUGCAGAAUAGAUACUAACUGUGGGGACUGGUUGUGCAUUGCAGCGUUCUUAUUGGUCACUUUUUUGACAUUACUGCAACCAUGCUCUGACCCCCACCUGUGAGUGCACAGCUGGGAAGCAGCACUGGGACACCCCAAGCCUACACUCCUCUUUCUGGUAAAUAGGUGUGUAUGAGAGAAAUUACUGGAGGGAAACCAAGCCAAUAAAGGCAGUUUAAGGAGGCUCAGGCUCUGGGUGAGAAGCCAGUGUAAGUUAGGAUGGUGGGAAUGGUGUGUCACAUUUUUCUUUUCUUCCCAUUCCUACUACGUCUAUACUCUUGCUACUGCCAGCUUUAACUACUGCAUUCGCCUACUGGGCCACUGUCCGCUAUGCUACUCUGUACGUACUUGUCCACUCUCAGCUUUGUCUCUCCUUUCAUACUGCUGUGUAACUUCCCCCCUCUCCUCCUAGAAAUGUGUCUGUACCACAAUGCUUUCCUGUUUAAAAUAAAACCAAAACCAAAAAGUGCCAUACUUACUUCCAACCCUCUUCCUCCAGCUGUUCUAUACUUAAUGUGCACUCCUGACUGACGCCUGUGAACUCUCUGGGGCAGGGUUUUUCUGUUGGGCACCUGCUUUUGUAAAUCGCCAGAUACCCUUAUGACACUGUAACUAAUUCCUUCUAGCUGAGCGAAGGGAUUUCACACUGACAGAAAUGCAGGACAUUUAGGGUUUGAUUUUUCCCCCUCUGAAACAUGUUUUAUGUUUUCUACUGUCUCACGGUGUUUUCAGUGAAACGCACAUGGUUUCCAUGAGACCUUUCACUUAUUUAAUGCCUGACCCAAUGUAACAGGUGAACUGCUUUCAAUUUAACGUCUUCAUUUUGGCUAAGAUAUUCUAUGGGGUUUCCCCCCCCCUCCCUUAAUUGUAUUAAAGGGUAAAUUCUGCAUUUGGUUUCCUUUUCUUAAUAAUAACCCUAUCUGCUCUAUGUGCUGGGACACUACAGUUCAUUAGCUGCUAUGCUGGCUAAACGCUACGUAGUCACAGAGUAAGCACCAGGGUCUAGGUCAGAGGUGGGCCAACUACAGCCCACGGGCCACAUCUGGCCCACGGGACCCUCCUGCUCAGCCCCUGAGCUCCUGCCCUAGGA